UAUCCCCCCGCGAACAACUUCCACCUCGCCGCCUCCACCCUAACCCUAGCCACCCGCCGCCGCCCGCCAUGGCCGACGACCACUACUCCUCCAAGCGCAAGUACGACGACCCGUCCCCGCCGCCUCGCCGCACGGGAUUCUCUUCCGGGCCGCCGCCUGCCUCACCACCUGCUGGCGCCGCUCCGGUCCCGUCAUCGUACAACACCGUGCCGCCGCCUCCCGACGAGAUCCAGCUCGCGAAGCAGCGCGCGCAGGAGAUCGCGGCCAGGCUCUUCAGCGCCGCGGAGGCCAAGCGCCCCCGCGUCGACAACGGCGACGACGACGUCGGCGCCGAGAGAGGUGCUUCCCUAGGAGGGUCCGGCCGUAUUGGCGGCGGCGGCCUCGGCUUCUCGUCCUCGGCCGGUGGUGGACAUGGUUCUACCAUCUCACCGUUAUCUUCCCAAGGAAGUGCACAUCAGUAUUCCUCAUAUGGUGGAUACCAGAGUGGCAGUACAACCAAAAAGAUUGAUAUACCAAAUGGAAGGGUUGGUGUUAUCAUUGGAAAAUCCGGGGAAACUAUAAAACAUCUCCAACUUCAGUCAGGCGCAAAGAUCCAAGUAACAAGGGACAUGGAUGUUCAACCUGGCUCACAGACAAGAUCGGUUGAUCUUUCGGGCACUCCUGAUCAGAUAAGCAGAGCUGAGCAAUUGAUAAGUGAUGUUCUGGCAGAGGCUGAUGCUGGUGCAUCUGGCACUGUCUCUAAUAGGAAGUACAAUCCACCUCAACCUGGCUCUGAGCAAUUCCAAAUGCAAAUUGCUAACAACAAGGUCGGUCUUGUUAUUGGGAAGGGUGGUGAGACUAUUAAAUCAAUGCAGGCCAAAUCUGGAGCUCGUAUACAGGUCAUUCCUUUGCAUUUGCCCCCUGGUGAUCCUGCAACUGAAAGGACACUGUAUAUUGAUGGAACAGUGGAGCAAAUUGAAAUUGCAAAGCAGCUAGUUAAUGAGGUUACCAGUGAGAAUCGUGCCAGAAAUCCAAUGUCAGGUGGCUAUCCUCAGCAAGGCUAUCGCCCUCCUCGUCCUCAGGGUAACUGGGCACCUGGUGCGCCAGCAACACAGCAGCCUGGUUAUGGUUACAUGCAGCCUGGAGCUUACCCUGGUGCGCCCCCACAGUAUGGCCAGCCACCUUAUAGCAGCUAUCCUCCAGCAUCUGGAGGUUACCAGACUGGGUGGGAUCAAUCUUCAAACCAACAGCCUCAGCAGACCCCCCCUGGCACUGGCUAUGACUAUUAUAACCAACAGCAGCAACCGCAACAACAACCAGCCCCAGGAACUGCUGCACCUGCUGAUGCCAGUACAUAUAAUUACAGCCAGCCUGCUACUUACGCUUCGCAAGGUUAUGGUGAUUCUACAUAUUCUCAGCAGACUGGUGGGCAGCAAGCUUAUGAUUACUCUGGUUAUCAGAACCAAGGGCAGCAGCAGCAGGCCUAUCCUCAGCAGACUGGAUAUGAUCAGCAAAGCUAUGGCACAACUGGUUAUGGAUCAGCUGCAAACUCAACUCAGGAUGGUUCUGCGCCUCCGAGCUAUGGUGGUCCAGGUGGGGCUAGUCAAGCAUCUCCAGGGAAACAGGCUUCAACUCCAGCUACUGGAAGCAACCCUGGUUAUUCUACCCAACCACCUACCAGUGCUGCAUCAAGCUACCCGGCACAAGGUUCUGUCCCUCCAUCUGGCUACGCUGCGCCUCAGACACAGGCUAGCUAUGGAGCCCAACCCCCGGCACAGGGCAGCUAUGGCCAGGGCUCAUAUGGGCAGUCUCCCCAGGGUCAGAAACCACCUACAUCUGCUCCUUAUGGACAGGCAGCACCUCCUGGAUCUGCUCCGGCUGGUUAUGGGCAGUAUGGUUACGGCCAGCCAGGCUACGGUGCACCCCCACCUUACCCUGGUGCACCCCCUGCAAGCCACCCUGGCUAUGGCCAGCAGCAGUCAUACGGUGAUUCUUAUGGCACCGGUAGCUAUGGGCAGCCCCCGGCGUAUUCUACUGAAGCUACAACUCCUGCUGCAUCCCAAGACUCUGCCGCUGCACCUGCACCUACCACAACAAAUGCUGCUCCUCCUGCUCCUGCCAACAGUGGUCCGGCCCAAACCUCGAGCUAAAACUCUGCGAUCCUGCCUCAGCUACAUCUGCGACAUUGCAUCCUGAGCUCCGUUGCUCGGCAUUUUAUAUCUAGUCUCUUGCUGCUUUACUAUCAACUGUCUAAUGCAUUUUUGUUAUUUGUCUGUCUAAGUUAUGUCUACUUCGCUUUUGUUACUUUCAUAUAUGGACUUGUGGUCACUCUGCCGUACUGAAGUUGUUAUGGAUACUGGUUUCGUAUCGAAAAAUGCAACCAAGACUUUGUUUUUUUGGACCA